GUCAGCCUGUCUGUUUUUUUGAAACCGGCCGAGACGUAAUUUCUAAUUUAUCUAAAAGGGAAAACAAUUAGUAUGAGCAUCGAUUUAAAAGGUCCCGUUGUUGGCAUACGUCACCUGCAGGCCUUUCUGCUUUUUCUGGCCAUCGUGGUGAAUUACACAGCACGGCUCGGCGUUAGCGUGGGCGUAGUGGCCAUGACGGAUGCAGCGACCACCAAUGAAAAUUUUCCGGAGUUCGAUUGGUCAGGAGCGCAGCAGUCGUACGUCCUGUCUUGCUUUUAUUGGGGCUACAUCAUCACCCAAUUUCCCGCCGGUUUUUUGGUUCGGCGCUUUGGGGCUAAGGCGGUUCUGCUCAUCCCAACGCUGGGAACGGCCGUCCUAAGCGCUCUAACGCCUUUCUGCGUAGCCUGGGGCGGCUGGCAGGCCUUCUGCACCAUACGCAUCGGAGGCCUCUUUCAAGGUCUAAUCUUUCCAUGCAUUCACGAGCACCUGGCCAAGUGGUCUCCGCCGGAGGAUCGCAACCGGCUGGGCGCCUUUGCUUACUCAGGGGCCGACUGCGGGUCAGUUCUGGCUAUGGCCAGCAGUGGUCUGAUAGCAAACAGCUCCAUGGGUUGGCCGGGAAUUUUCUACGUGUCGGCAGGCACCUGUGGGCUUUGGUGUCUCCUCUGGGUGACACUCAGUGCAAAUAACGCCCCUAGCCAUCGGCUGAUCGGGGCCCGGGAACAGGACCACAUAGAACGUUCAACGAAGCGGAGCGAUGGCUUCCACGGCCAGAAGAUUCCCAUCCCAUGGCGUGCCAUCUGGACUUCCGUUCCCUUCUAUGCACUAUUGAUCGUGCGGGGCGCUCAGGGCUGGGCCAAUUCCAUAAUGCAGCUGCAGACACCAUUCUACUUGCACGGCGUCCUGAAAAUGGACAUCAAAAGCAAUGCGCUUUACUCGGCCUUGCCCUUCCUGGCCAUGUGGGUUAUGUCCUAUAUAUACCUAGUCUUCGCUGACGUGGCCAUGUCUCGGCAUUGGAUGUCCUUAACCACGCUACGCAAGGCAAUUAACACCGUCUCGUUCUGGGGGCCGGCGGCAAUUCUUAUCGGAACUGGCUUUCUGGACAACAGUCAGACCAGUCUGGCUAUAGCUCUGAUGACGAUCAAUGCUGGCUUAAACGCCGGGUCUGGAAUAGGUAGCAUCCUGACCAUCAUCGACAUGUCGCCCAACCACUCAGGCAUGCUGAUGGCCAUUGUUAACGGCAUUGGAAAUAUAUUUCCGCUCCUUACGCCGCUAUUAGUAGGCGUUAUUGUUACCGAUCCUGGUUCGAGGAGUCAGUGGCAGAUCGUGUUUGCCAUGACUGCCGUUGUUUUUUUCUUCGGCAACCUGGUAUACCUUAUUUGGGGCACCACUGACCUGCAGCUCUGGGAUGACGAAGACUACCUGAAGACCCCCGACGCAAAUUGCAAUCAAAAUGGUCAGCAAAUGGAUCUCAGGAGGCAGCCAUUAACACAUUAGCGGCUGGAAAAUAAGUGAUGGCUGGCCACGAGAGGAAUGUGCGACGAGAGUAGAAUGGAAACAUAACGUGGUCAGCACCGAUAAAAUGCGUAUAGGGCUGAGUGCUUGCCAUUUUAAUUAAAAAGUUUUAAGCAAGGAAGAACGCUAUAGUCGAGUACCUCGACUAUCAGAUACCCAUUACUCAGCUAAAGGGACC